AUGGGUGCAUGCGCAAAGUCAAAGGAAAAUCAGAUAAGAGGAAUAGGAUAUAAGCAGAAGGCUCAUUACUCGGUUCCUCCAGAGCAAAACGCUCAACUCUGGACAGAAAUCGAGAGGACAAUCAAUGAUCCAGAGAAAUCCUUAGGACAUUUCCGCGAUGCCUUUAUAUUUUUUGAUGUUAAAAACAUCAAGACAGAGGCACAAGCGCAUGACCUCUACGAGGCUAUGGAAAAGUUUGACGAGAAGCUUUUAGAGUACUUCGACGAAGAAUAUGUUUCUCAAAUGGCAUUAGACCUUGGGCUCUUCAUAGGGUCACGCUGUCCAUCGCCAUCAGUCAGUAAUAGCGGAUACCCUGCUGUUACUUAUCUGUGGAAGAAAUGUUGCGUGGAGGAUUUGCACGCAAAGCUUAUCAAGGAGGGGUUUAACAACAGUAAGGGCAAUUAUAGUGUCUAUAAUGUUGGGAACCUUGGUGACAUUUUUUGUCUUACAGUAGAGCCACCAAAGAAAUCAACAGAUGCUAACGGUGGGCUUUGUUACAUUCAGGCGUACAGCCAGGCAAAGAUACUUACUGAAGCACAAGGAAUUUAUCCUUUGCAAGACGAGAGUUUGAAGGAACUGGCAGUACGACUACCAGCUGCCCGUCGAGGGCACUUGGUGGCCAGUGUAGUUGAGUACUUCUCCUGAGUUUCCUAGUUAGAAUUAGCGUGGUUUUCGUAAGGGAUUCUUAUAAUCCCUACUCGAGGCUCUCUAAGACCUCUAUCGAAUUCAUUACUGUUAUCAGGUAUCUGCAAGCUCUGCGCAACCCUUACACU